UUUGCCCAAGCAGCACAAACAUGGUGGCUCACAAAAUUGUGAAUAUAUGUUUUGUGCUAAUCCUAAUACAGAAUGUGUUCUGCAAACCUGCAGAGUACACCUCCGAAGAGUUGGACUCGGCUAUCGAUGAGAUGAGAACAAAUGGCAAACCAGAACAAAAACUUCUUCUACUUAGUGUAGAUUCUCUACAGGAAAUAAAUGAAGAAUACGCCGUCAGUGCAGUUAAUUUCACUAAACAUUUGCUGAAAGAUGAUGCUUUGUUGGCCAACGAUAAGCCUGAAGUAUUGGAGUUUAAAAAGAACCUUACCUUGUAUCUUGACAGUAAUGAUCCAUCAGCAAAUCUAACAACAACUAAUGACAUUACAGACAAUUUUACUGAUACUAUCAAACAUUAUGUAUUGCUUCCCGAGGAUAAAGCAACACCCGAAUCGAAAUUCAUUAUGGAACUUUUAAACAAACACAAUUGGGUAGAUUUACAAGACAAUUUGUAUAAUGACACUGAUAAGUUUUUUAAAGAAUUCCUCAAGAUGAUUGAAGAAAACAAAGAGGUUUUGAAAAAGCCCAUAUUGGAUUGGUAUGACAAAUAUAGAACUUUAACUGAUUUCCAUGAAAAAAUGGAUGCUAUUAUUGAGAUUGUUGCUCUUUUGUUUAACUAAGUAUAUAUUUUAUAAAGAUUUUUGUACGAAUAAAUAAAAAGAGCUUAGAAGAAAGAAUGAAA